UCUCGGUUGUCAGAGGUGCGAAUAGAACGCAAGAAUCCAGCAACAAGCGGGGCAUCGUCACCCUUACGUACAGCUCCGAUCGUCUACCGCCAGAAUCGCACUGCUCACUUUGCGCUCGUCGGCGCAUCAAAGGCUGUGAACAUCGCGACCUAGCGCAACAUCAGAUUGUGCGUGCACUGUCCCUACAGACAACUAGCACUCUGCGCCCGCGAGAAGACACGCCCCCGUCAGAGACGGCGGCGGCAGAUACGAUCAUGGCCUCAGGCAGAGGCAGACGCGACCGGGCAGAGUCCAACAUGCCAAGGCGUGCGCCUCGCUGGGCUGUUCACUCAGAAGACGUGAGACUGGCUCAUGGCACGGACUACCAACCAUCUGAAGACUGCGAGUGGAGGACGUUGAUGAUCAAGGGCCAGCCGAUGACGCUGCGUGUGCUCCGGCUUGAUCGACACGCUGCCUGUACAUGCUCGUACAAGCCUGUACCUGGUCAGGACACCGUCUGGAAAACUGGCGUCAUCUAUGGCCUUACGGCGCCCUCANACGCCAUGAUCGAGGUGCGAUCUUUGCGUCUGCUAGCGUGUACGCUGAUGUCCUUUCUUCAGUGCACCAAGUGCAUGAACAAUGAUUGCCCACGAGCAGUAAGAACCCACAAAAAGNGCGGCGGCAUCCGAGACCGGUCGUAUUGGAUCACAGGCGACUUUCGUGCUCAGAAGCUCUUUUCAGUGGGCUCUGGCCUCGUAUUCACGCACGAGAUUCUGGACAGCUACCUGGCACAUAUGAUCACCAUGGCUACACCCUUCAGUGCCUUCCAUGCCAUGACAUCGUUGUUGNACGAAGCAUCGGAUCCGAUGGCCAAAUUCGUGUCGGCCAAGACUUUUGCAAGCGCAUUUCGGCGAUACAUGGCAUUCAACGACAUAGUGCGCAAUAUGAACGACAUGAAGUGCAGCAUCUGUGGCGACGAUCCAGAGGUCGUCAUUGUCGACGGAUACGCCGCAGGAUACGACAAGACGAGCGUGUCUGGUAAUCUACGGGCGCCAACAAGGGCCGAUCCGGGCAUUGUCUUUCCGGACGUCAAGGCUCCGACGAAAGGCUUGCAAUACGUCAGCGAUUACCACCUACGCUUGAGACUCCUGACGGCCUUUGUCGGCCAAGUCAAGGACAAGGAAAAGGCCUUGCCGUCUGCAGACAUGUUCCAAGAGGAUCUCGCUCGCUUGUCGAGAGUGAUCUGCCCUGAAGACCUGGCGAGGCGUCGACAUCGAGAGCAAGCAACACUGAACGCGAGUCUGACGGUCUUACAGCGCUACCUCGAGUAUCUGGCCGGCAUGACGGAGCAUCAGUGGCAAACCGACCUCGAGAUUAGGCCACAUCGUGACUUCAUCAUUCAAUUGCUCGGCCCUGGCUCUAUCCUUAGUUUCAUCACGUCCGAAGCUGCCAAACGACUCGAAAAAUGGUGCAUAGCUGCGCGGAACAGGCCCCAGGAAAUGCGGACAGAUCAAGCCGUGCGAUAUCGAGAAGCUCUCGCGCAGCAUCAGAGCUUCUUCGAGAAGGACUGUCCGGUGUUAGGCACGCUCUGUUCUAUCUAUGCGGCUAGUGGCAAGCGAGUGCUACCCUUCGAGCGCCUUCUGCACGACAUAUCCAAGCGGACGCUGUCUGCCUUUGAGAUGCUCAAGAACGGUCGUGAGGCAGCUCCGCCGACGCCGGAAGCGUUUGCACCUAUCGAUUCCCUGCGUACUGGUUCAGUCUACGGCCAACAGUAUCGCAAGAGGCCAACCUACAGCAGCCUANGACACGACCAGCGUAGUGACAGCAGCAAGAAGAAUUCCGCAGCAUCUAGACGAGUUGACAAUAACGAAGCGUCUACAGAAGCGAACGAUGGCGACCAGGACGCGUACGACGAAAGGCACUGCCAAAAGUUCUAUGACGAAUACAGGAAAGCAGGCUUGACUGGCGGCAUGCUCCUGGUCUGGUGUAAUCACCUUGUCUGCUACGGGUUCCACUUUAUCGAGACAUCGGAAGGCAGGAACGAUAUCUUCACGGCGCUUUACUGUUUCUUUCGCAGAGCGCCCAGAGUAGUCGUCUACGACUUUGCGUGUGCACUAGGGCCAUACUGCAUGCAACGCGAACCGGACUAUUUCAAGAAGACCCUGUUCCUCAUCGAUGAACUGCAUGCCAAGUCUCACACAAAGUGUACAUCGAAUGCUUUCCGUCAGCGUCACAAUGCGAACAACACGACUCGAGCGACCAGCCGCGCACGAUGCAAGCCUCGGGCUACUUUCAAGCAAUCGAAUAUCGUAGCCCUGUCUAAAGGGACCGUGCAAAGAUUCCAACCUGGCAGCUCCGAUGACGAAGCGGGCUGCUUCAGCGCGCAAUCCUCAGAACAUGCGAGCGCGAGCGACUCAGAGGAAGAUACGCUUGUCGAUGACCCUGUCGAAGAGGCUGCUCGACAAGAAGGAAUGGUUGAGCGCAACCGCAUCGAGCUCAUGCAAUUGAGCCGUACACCAUCUCCGAACACAUAAAGAUACAAGAGAAGACCCCUCUCGCACGUCGAACCAGCGAGCGCUNCGGGAAGCCUGU